GAAGCUGUGGCUGUUCCUGGAUCCCUGGAAUGUCCCAGGCCAGGCUGGACUGGGCUUGGAUCACCCUGGGACAGUCCUGGAGGAUCUUUCUGGGUGAUGAUUCCGUGAUUCCCUGUCUGCCUGCCGGGAACUGGAGCACUGAUGGGAUUUGCUGCUCUCUCUGCCAAGGGGAUGAUCCCGCUCCGACGUUUUGUCAUGGAGAGGCAAAUCCCCUGGAUGGGGCAGGAACUGGAUCCAAAGCCUCUUCCAGGCUGUGUGGCAAAUGGAAGUGUCUGCGUGGAAAUGUCAGGGAAGAAAAUAACGGAAAGCCGAAGCGCUAAUCCCGGUGUAGGAUAAACACUUCGCAUCCCUCCCUGUUUGUAAAUCCAUGGAAAUGAGGCAAUAUAUGGAAAGCCAGGGAUAGGAAGGUUUAGCAAAAAGGCAGGAGAGCAGGACCAAAGCAUGAGGAACAGCAAUUCCUGGUGGGAAAUGUGGGAUGUGGUUACAGGCACUGCCCAAAGCUGAGGGAUCACCCCAAGAAGGGUUCGGGAGGCACUGGGGGUUUUCCUGGUCAUUCCUCACCCUGGGAAGCCAGCGUGGCCUCUGGGAGGUGCUUUGGAUUCUAUUCCCAUCCACCACUCUUCCCACAUUCCCCCUGCAUCCUUUUCUUUAUAAGAUUUUCUCCUUUGGGUGUUGGUUUUUAGGGAGCUCCUGGCUCAGCCUUCCCGUUCCCGAGCCUUCGGAACCGGAGCAGAGCCCCAAAAAACCCAUGUCCUCUUCUGAGCCCAUCCUGGACCUCAAGGGAGACACGGCAGAAGCACUUCCAGAGAACCUGGGAGGAGCAGGGGAUCCGAGCUCCUGCCAGCCAAGGGACACUCCAGGGAAUGGACAAUCCAUGGAGCACACGGAACCAACACCAGCAGCCCUCGAGGACGCUGUGGAGCCGAAGGAGAACCCCGGGACGGGGCAGGACCCGUCCAACCCCGGGAAUUCUCUUGGAACCUCCGUCCCUGCGGAGCCCAUCCCAGCCCCACCCUCGGAGGAGCCCAUCCCCAGCAGAGACCCUCAGGAGGCGAAGGAUCCCAGCCCCACCAGCUCCCCGCCGUGGCCAGCGGCUCCCGAGGAGCCCCCGGCGCGCCCCAACACCCUGGACUUCUCCAAAGGUGGGAAGGAGCUGGAGGAGGCGAGGCAGGCGGGGCAGCGGCGCGGCAGCGACCGGGCCGCGGUCAAGGAGAACGGCGUGGAGCCGGCUCCGGCCACCAGCACGGCCAGCAGCGAGGAGCGCCGGGCUCUGCAGUCCGAGCUGGGCAGGUGCAUCGAGGAAUUCCGCAGGAUCAAGAUCCCGCACGCCUUUCCCAACAAGAAGCGGCAGUGGCAGAGCGAGCUGCUGAAGAAGUACCAGCUGUGAGAGCAGAUCCCACUCCCGUCCCGUCGGGAAUGGGGAUCUCCAGGCGGCCGGGUGGCUGCUCCAGCCGUGGCACAGGCUGUCCACGCUCCCAAAAUGAGGAGCAGAGGUGGCUGAUGAAGCCCAGGCAGAUGUGGAAAGGGUCACAAGCCUGUUCCCAGCACGGUCAUCGAGGGGAUGCUCAGUGGAGCUGGACGGGGUCAGACAAGGAAGGAUGUCCAGGGUGAUGUUUGGGAGCGGCAGAAAUUCCCACAUUUCUGAGACUGAAUUCCCCUGGUGUUUCAAACAAUAAAAUCGAGUUGGUGUCCAAAAUGAA